AUGGAUGUGUCCGAUUUGUUUAGUAGUUGCAAAAAGGGCGACAUUUGUAGAGUCAGAUACCUUGUUGAACAAAGAGACGUGGACCUCAAUGUGAGAGAUAAAUGGGACAGCAGCCCUUUGUAUUAUGCUUGUCUCUGUGGUCAUGAUGAGCUGGUCCAGUACCUGUUGGCUAGUGGUGCCAAGUGUGAAGCCAACACGUUUGAUGGCGAGAGGUGUAUGUACUGCUGUCUGAAUGAUUCUCUUCGACACCUGCUCAAAGAAUAUAAGUGUAUCACUAUACGCGCCAUGCAGCGGGAUGAUUUUAACUACUUCCUGCACAUGUUACUGGAGCAGGGUCAACACAGCGACGUCAAGUUCCUGGUCCAUGGACAUAUAUUUACAGCCCACCAAUGUGUUCUCAGUGCACGCUCAGAGUACUUUACUGAUAUGUUUGAGACCAAAUGGAAAGGGAAGAACUUGAUCACCCUCAAACACCCUUUGAUCAACCCUGCAGCCUUUGGAGCCAUCCUGCAAUAUUCCUAUACAGGACGAAUGGAUAUUGAUAUAAGCCUCGUGGAGGACUGCAGACGACUUGCUAAACAGUGCAAAAUGGAAGAUCUGAUAGAGGAGCUGGAGAAUAAAUGCAAACAGUUGUAUGAAUUUGUGUCCAACAAGCCAGGAAUCUGUGUGAAGGUUCUCAGCCUGGAACCUCACAUCGGUCGACUUCAGGAGGAAAUGGCUCAGUUAGCAGACUGUGCACUUCCCAUUGAACUAAGAGUUGGAUUUGGUGAACUUCCCUUUAACAGAGUCGACCGCUUCCCUACUUUUCCUGACAUCUGCUUCAGAGUCGAUGGUUUCAACUUCUUGUGUCAUAAGGCGUUUUUCUGCGGACGUAGUGAUUAUUUUAAAGCCUUGCUGGAGGACCACUUCAGUGAAGGAGAGCAGCUGCAGUCCCAUCCCAGCACCCCAGUGAUUACUUUACACAACAUUUCCCAUGAAAUAUUCAUCCACGUCAUGUAUUUCAUCUACACUGAUGACACAGAGUUAAUAACAGAGAUCGUUUUUGACGUGCUGUGCGUGGCCGACAUGUAUCUGCUGCCGGGGUUGAAGCGUCUUUGCGGGAAGACUCUCGCUAAGACCAUAUGUGAGGACAAUGUUGUGUACAUGUGGAAGAUGGCCAAGCUUUUCCGUCUCUCUCGGCUUGAGGAUCAGUGCACUAAGUUCAUGGCGAAGAUCAUCGAGCAGCUGGUGGAGCAGGCUGAGUUUGCAGAGAUCAUCAAAGAAGAUGCUGCGUUGUUGGAAGAUAGACAUGAGAACGACUCCAUCCCCCUGGUGGACGAAAUUCGUUACCACAUCACCAGCAAUGUGCAGACUUACAGUGUGAUCGAGGAGGCCAAUCAGAAACUGGAGGCCUUGGAGGAGCUGCUCUCCAGCAUCAAUAUUGAAUGCUGAGGGGUCAACAGGUUGUGGUUUGUGGCUGCAGAGCUUGAAUUUGGAAACUUUAAAUGUGAAUGUUUUGGGAUGAGCCAUAUGGUGGUGCAAAUAUCUGUAGACGGUCUUUAUGUUUUGUCAGUUUUAUUUUAUUUACAUUAUAUUGUACAGAAUAUAUAUUUUUUAAAGGGUGUUCUGAUGCAUACUCAGAAAAAGCUCAAAUGAUUCUUUGAGUGAGACUGUAUCAAAAGAUACUUGGUGUAAAGAACUUGGUGUAUAUAUUUACAGCUAUAUCUUUCAACUACAAAUGCAUGGGUUUAUUUUAGGCAUCUGCUAGAAUUUAGACUUGCUGAUUAUUCAGCUCUUUUAAAAUGUACUUUAACCUCAACAAAGUUCAGAAGAAACUUUAUUUUUAUGCUAAAAGGAACAGACACGCACUUGAUAACAAUGGGUUAAAAAGACGAAAUAUAAAGUAUGUUCACUUCAGUGACCCAGAAAAUAUUUUUUAAUACGUUUAGAUCCUAAUUUUAAGUUGAAAAUAAUAGUUUUAUGAUGUAUUUCAUGUGCAGAAGCAAGCAACAUUUAUUUUGGAUUUGGCAGCUGAACCACGCUAAUCAACCUGUAACAUUGCUCCAGUGUGACACUUAUUAUUCCUACAUUUUUCAAAAAUGGUGAUAUUCAAUUUCUCAAUCUCAUCCUGCAGUUAUAAAAAUGGUGCUCUUGGUUUUGGCAAUUAAAUGUGGUAUUGCAAG